GAAGGAGACAGCGGCUGGAGGCGGCCCUGGGGCUGCUGGAGCGCUUGGUGGCCGCGUGUGACGAAGCCACCGCCUUCAACCGGGAGCUGCAGCGCAGGGUUGGGGACAUCAAGGCCGCCCUAAAGGGGACAAAUGAGGAGUCCCCUGAUGUCCCUGAGGCCUUGGUGGCCAAGGUGGCCGUGGCCGAGCGGCUGUGGGAGGCCAGCACCCGCCUGGCCAAGGAUCACGUGGAUGGGACUCAUAACUACAUCUACCAGUUCUAUAUCAAUGAUGAACCUGUCAGCCUCAGCGGCCGUGGGGUGGGCCGAGCGGUGCCAAAGAGCCACCGAGGACAUCCCGAGGCUCCUUCGACCCCGAGAGCGUCCCCAAGGUGUCCCCAAGGUGUCCCCACUGUCCCCGGCCCUGCUGCAGCCACAGGUCACCGUGGUGGCCACCCUGGGCAAGCUGCUGGCCACCCUGCCCAGGCAGGAUGAGGAGAUGCUGGUGUUGAUGUCCCCAGGGUGCCUUUACUGGGACCUGGAGGAAUUCACCAAUGAGCUCCGGGUCACCCUGUACCGCAUUGAUGACAGCUGGUGGCACCGCAAUGUCACCACCAAUGAUGAUGAUCCUCGCACCUCCCAUGAUGGUGACCCUGUCCCCUCCCUGAGCCAGGCCCUGGCUGCCUGCAGGAGCACCCCAGGGACCGCCUGGGACCGUGUGACAAUGGCAGCCAGGAAGUGGCACCGGUCGGUGGCUGCGCUUGUGAACAGCUGGGCCCAGCUGGCCAGGGCAGCCACCGAGCUCCGCAACACCUGCAGGAAUUUGGCCACCGAGGCAGCCGACUGGGAGGCCUUCCGCACCAGCUGGGCCAGGGAGCUGCAGGCCAAGGCUGCCCGUGAUGGGACAGCUCAGGAACACAUGGGGGAGCUGGGUCAGGCCCUGGGCAGGGAGGAGGGGGCCGAGGUGGUGGCUGGCGGCUGGAGGCGGCCCUGGGGGCUGCUGGAGCGCUUGGUGGCCGCGUGUGACGGAGCCACCGCCUUCCCCCGGGAGCUGCAGCGCAGGGCUGGGGACAUCGAGGCCACCCUGAAGGGGACAAUUAUGGGAUUCUUUGAUAUCCCUGAGGAUUUGGUGGCCAAGGUGGCCGAGGCCGAGCGGCUGUGGGAGGCCAACGCCCGCCUGGCCAAGGAUCACCUGCUGGGGACACUUCAAGACAUCAUCAGCUUCUAUUUUGAUCGUGGUCCCACCAGUGCCCGUGGGGUGGCCGAGCGGUGCCAAAGAGCCACCGAGGACAUCCCGAGGCUCCUCCAAGUCCCAGAGUGUCCCCAGAGCGUCCCCAAGAUCUGCCCAGUGAGCCUGGAGCCCCAAGAGCUGUCCCCGGCCCUGCUGCAGCCACAGGUCACCGUGGUGGCCACCCUGGGCGAGCUGCUGGCCACCCUGCCCAGGCGGGGCGAGAUGAUGCUGCUGCCCGUGUCCACAGUGAGCCUGUACUGGGACCUGGUGACCUUCACUGAGAGCCUCCGGGUCACCCUGUACUGCACUGAGGGCACCUGGUGGCACCGCAAUGUCACCUCCCAUGAUGGUGACCCUCUCAUCUCCCUGAGCCAGGCCCUGGCCGCCUGCAGGAGCACCAGAUGGACCACCUGGGACUGUGUGACAAUGGCAGCCAGCAAGUGGCAGCGGUCGGUGUCUGUGCUUGUGAAAAGCUGGGCCCAGCUGGCCAGGGCAGCCACCGAGCUCCGCAACACCUGCAGGAAUUUGGCCACCCAGGCGGCCGACAGGGAGGCCUUCCGCACCAGGGAGGCCAGGGAGCUGCAGGCCGAGGCUGCCCGUGAUGGGACAGCUCAGGAACACAUGGGGGAGCUGGGUCAGGCCCUGGGCAGGGAGGAGGGGGCCGAGGUGGUGGCCGGGCAUGAAGCCCAGGAGCUGGAGCGCAGGGUUGGGGACAUCGAGGCCGCCCUGAAGUGGACAAAUGAGGGAGACUUUGAUAUCCCUGAGGCCUUGGUGGCCAAGGUGGCCGAGGCCGAGCGGCUGUGGGAGGCCAACGCCCCGCCUGGCCAAGGAUCACCUGCUGGGGGGCCGUUCCAGACGCCAUCAAGCUCUGGUUCACUGCUGCUGGAGGCUCUGGUGUCCACGGUGGCCACCCUGGGCGAGGUGACAGCCACCGUGACCGGGCCACGCCGGGGCGUGCGGCGCUGUGUGCCCCCGAAGCUGCUGCACGCGGGCCCUGCGGAUCUUCACCUGGAGCCUCCGUAA